GAUUCUUUCAUCUAUAACAAAAUGGCAUCGAUAUUAUUCAUGUUUCUGACUCUAACUAUUCUUUCCAUGAGUCUAAAACUCUCUCAAGCCACAUCUCGUAGUGUCACCUUCCACGAGCCAAUCCUUGCUGACCACCACCAGCAAUGGAUGACUCAGUUCUCUCGAGUGUAUAGCAACGAGCUCGAGAAACAAAUGAGAUUCAACGUGUUCAAGAAAAACUUGGAAUUCAUUGAGAAAUUUAAUAAGAAAGGUGAUAGAACCUACAAGCUUGGUGUCAACGAGUUUGCUGAUUGGACCAAAGAGGAGUUCAUUGCUACCCACACCGGUCUGAAAGGCUUUAAUGGGAUUCCAACUUCUGACUUUAUCGAUGAAAUGAUACCGUCUUGGAAUUGGAAUGUAAGUGAUGUUGCCCGUGAGACCAAAGAUUGGAGAUACGAAGGAGCUGUAACACCGGUUAAAUACCAAGGCCAAUGUGGAUGUUGUUGGGCGUUUUCAUCCGUCGCAGCAGUGGAAGGUUUGACAAAGAUCGUCGGAGGCAACCUAGUAUCACUGUCUGAACAACAACUUCUAGAUUGCGACAAGGGUGACAACGGUUGCAACGGUGGAAUAAUGUCAGACGCUUUCAGCUAUAUGAUUAAAAACCGAGGCAUUGCCUCAGAGGCAUCAUACCCUUACCAAGCGACAGAAGGGAGAUGCCGGCUCAAUGCAAAACCCUCCGCAUGGAUCAGAGGGUUCCAGACCGUUCCAAGCAACAACGAGCGGGCAUUGCUAGAGGCCGUAUCAAGACAGCCAGUCUCAGUGUCCAUUGACGCGGAUGGUCCCGGUUUCAUGCACUACUCAGGAGGAGUGUACGACGAGCCAUACUGUGGGACCAGCGUGAACCAUGCAGUGACGUUCGUUGGAUACGGAACGAGCCCGGAGGGGAUCAAGUACUGGCUGGCUAAGAACUCUUGGGGUGAGACUUGGGGAGAGAAUGGUUACAUUAGGAUCCGUAGAGAUGUGGCGUGGCCUCAAGGCAUGUGUGGUGUGGCUCAGUAUGCUUUUUAUCCAGUUGCGUAA